GGUUUCGAUCACAAUCCUUCCUCGACUUUGUGUGCGUAUUGCUGGGGGCAUCGAAUUUUGUGUCAGCAGCUAAUCCGUUUCACGACAUGUGCAAGAGCAAGUUGGCAAUCAGUUUAUCAGGAAACCAGGUCGGGACAAGUUGUCGAGAAAACAAAUGUCGUUUGUAUUUAGGAAUAAUAAAGCUUCCACUGUUACACGUGUUAAACACUGGAAGACGAUAAUGGUUCAUUGUCUGAAUUCUCAGCUCUCUUUCACUAGUGUGGGAUUAGUGUUUGCUUUCUGUUGUGUCGUCUACUUCACUUUUCUUUACCCUUUGAUCAACGUAUUUCACGCAGAGAAACAGAUGGUGGCGCCAAAAACGGAUCAGAUGGCAAACUCGAAUCGGACGACUACUAUCACAACGUUAUUGAAAGAAAAGCAAAUUUUAAAAAUAGAUGUUGAAAUGUGUGAAGCCCAGGUGAAAACCCUUGUCAAUUCGUUACAAGGAGAAAAGCGAAAUGAGCUAGCGACAAGUACAUUCGAAGAAAAACUAAAGUUGUGUGAAAAGCAACGGUGGGUGGAAAAUCAAGAGACUGAUAAAAUGGCUGAAAAAUUGCAAGAGGAAAAGAAAAUUUUGGAGGCGAGUGCAACUUUGUAUCGAGAAUUCUUUAAUCACGUGGCGUCCAGUUUACGUAACGCUCCUUACACGGGAGUGGAAAAGUACAUUCGAUAUUCAGUUGCUCGUCUAGGGCUAUUACCUUUAGGCAAUGCAUUACCGAUCAAGUCUGAAUUUGGCCCAGUGAUCAACGAUGUGCUUUCUUUCAAUUACCCAAUUGCAAUUACGCCUUGUCCGGAGAAUGUCAAUCAGAGUGUUUUCAUACCUGUGAUUUCAGCGCCGGACAAUUUCGAUAAAAGACGAAUGAUUCGGCAAACGUGGACCAAGCAUUUGAUGGACGUGUGUGAGAGAGGACAUUUAGGUAGUGCCCGGUUCGCUUUUGUUUUGGGAAUGACUGAAAAUAAUGUGACACAAGGAAAAAUAGAAGAAGAGAGCAAGAAUUUUGGGGAUAUUAUCCAAAUUGAAAUGUCCGAUUUUUAUCGAAAUUUGCCAUUUAAAAUGGCUGGCUUGUUUAAUUGGCUACAUAAAAAUUGCGCCAAAGUUGACUUUGUCUUCAAAGUGGACGACGACGUCUACGUUAAUGUCCGCAAUUUAGCCCAAUUUAUCCACGCUUUCUAUAACCGAUCUGGCAACACUGUAUUCGGUAGAGCAAAUUGGAGUGCGCCUGGACGAGCAGGAAAAUGGAACAUCACUUUUGAGGAAUGGCCAUGGAGACAAAACCCUGCUUACUUUAGUGGGCCAGCAUAUUUGAUACACCACACUGCCAUCGAGCCGUUAUUAGCCGCCAGUCAAACGACACCCAUGAUGCCAUUCGAAGACGUCUAUUUUACUGGAAUUUGUACGGAAAAGGCUGGCCUCAAAAAGAAGUUUUCCAACAGUGUUCUUUCUCUUCACGGUAUUCCAAGCGUGUGUGACCUGCGUCUUAUUAUUGCCUGGGUUGCGACCGAUCACAUGUUGGAUUCGCACACAAUUACCGAUCAAUUCUACCGCAAUGCGACCCAGUGCAUUGUCAAGCAUCUGAAUGGAACCACGUCUACAUUCUACUACACGGAACCUGUCGAAUUCAAGUUCACUUAGUCAACCAGUAAAGUAUCCUGGGUAUUAUUAUUUAUUCUUUUAAUUUGUUCUUAAAGUUAUAAUGCUUGCCAUACAUCUCAUACGCGUAUGGAAACAGCCAUCUUCAGUAGACAAUAUUUCAUGACCGAUAACUUGUGUUGCUUGAAAAGGUACAGCCGGGUCGAAAUAUAUCGAAAUAUAAAAGUUUUUGAUUGAUCAUGAACGCCAAUUGAGGAUGCUAAAACUGGUGGAGAAAUAAAUCAACAAUCACUUUAUUGUUGAACACAGGAAUGUUGAUGUAUUUCUCUGUCAGGUUGGGCAUUAAUCAUAGUCAAUGAAUAAUCUUAAAUUCGCUACAUUCUCCACAGGUAUGCAGUAUAAACUUUUAUAUUCCCAAUUCAAAGGCCAACAUUCCUUCUGAAUAUCCAAGAAAGAAAAUAUUUUGAUUACCAAAGUAUAUCGUCUUUCUGGUUCGUUGGAAGAAAACUGCAAAAGAUUAACAGAUGGUGGAGAUAACCGAACGUCUACGAGGUUUCACGCUGUUAAAUGAAAGGACAAACGCGCCGCGGAAUCCCAUCUGACGGAGCAACUUACAAAUAAUAAUCGAUACAUGAAUAUUUUGACAAAGCUUGCAUUUUAAUUUUAAAUUUUAGUUGCGCGGCUGAGAAUUAAUAGAAAUGAUCUCUCUACUAUUAAUCAGCCAUAAAUAUGUCCAGCUCCGUACGAUUGUGUUAUUAUAACUAUGCAUUGUGAACCUAUUAUUUCUUGUCGCAAAUAUACAUUUUUGGUAUUCAA